GCAGCAUUCAAUAACAGACCGCCUCCUUUGCUAACCCGAAAGACAAGACCUUUCCUUCUUCGCAUCAACAGCAACAAUGGAAGAGAAUGACCAAACCCCUCCAUCUGAAGAGAUGCAACCCCUCUCUGUCACCCCUUCAGCUUCACCCUCAUCAAAUCCCUCUACACCCCAGGUGAUGAGUUUAGAGGAAAGGUUUCAACUUGUGAGAAGCGUUGGUGAAGAAUGCAUCCAAGAAGAUGAACUACGUAAUCUUCUUGAUAAAAAACCGCUACCCAUUUGUUAUGAUGGUUUUGAACCUUCUGGGAGAAUGCACAUUGCUCAGGGAGUUAUGAAGACAAUAAAUGUCAACAAGCUGACUAGAGCUGGUUGCAAAGUGAAAAUUUGGAUUGCUGACUGGUUUGCGCAACUAAAUAACAAAAUGGGAGGAGACUUGAAGAAAAUUAAAACUGUGGGGGAAUAUCUUAUCGAGAUAUGGAAGGCAGUUGGGAUGGAUAUUGAUGGAGAUAAAGUCGAGUUUUUGUGGUCUUCCGACGAAAUCAACUCCAGGGCUCAUGAAUACUGGCCUCUUGUUAUGGAUAUAGCUCGCAGGAACAAGCUUCCUAGGAUAAUGAGAUGUGUUCAAAUCAUGGGCCGUAGUGAGCAGGAUGAGCUAACGGCAGCCCAGAUUUUCUACCCAUGCAUGCAAUGUGCAGACAUAUUUUUCCUCGAGGCUGACAUUUGUCAAUUGGGGAUGGAUCAACGGAAAGUGAACGUCCUUGCAAGAGAAUACUGUGAUGACAUAAAGAGGAAAAACAAGCCUAUCAUUUUAUCUCAUCACAUGCUACCUGGUUUACAGCAAGGGCAAGAAAAGAUGUCAAAAAGUGAUCCAUCUUCCUCCAUCUUCAUGGAGGAUGAAGAGGCAGAGGUGAAAACUAAGAUAAAGAAGGCAUAUUGCCCCCCACAAAUUACCGAGGGCAAUCCUUGUCUGGAAUACAUUGAAUACAUUAUCUUCCCAUGGUUCCAUGAGUUCAAGGUGGAACGCAAUCCAGAAAAUGGUGGAGAGAAGGUCUACAAAAGCUUUGAAGAACUGGUAGCUGACUAUGAAAGUGGUGGAUUACAUCCGGGUGACCUGAAAGCAGCUCUUGCGAAAGCGUUGAAUACAAUACUGCAGCCUGUACGUGAUCAUUUUAGCAAAGAUCCCAAGGCUAAAGAUCUGUUGAAACGAGUCAAGGGUUACAGAGUAACAAGGUGAUGCGGAAGAGCAUGUGAUUUCCUGAUCUACUUGUAUUCUUAACACUUCUAAAUGUAAAUUGCUAAAUACUUAUUUAAUAAAGAUUGUCAUUUAUGUUUGGCGGUUACUUUUCAGAA